UCAAUUUGCAUGUUUGUCUUUCUCCAAACGUCCGAUUUCCGACGGUGACAGCUGCACAGCCGAGCGACCCGAUCAGCACCAGUCGUCAUGUCUCAUAGCAACGGUACCAGUCACCAUGUCAGUAAGGAAGUGUGGGAGUCUCACAACAAGAUGAUGCAGGAGCCACUCAGCUCCAACGACUCUGAGGUGUUCUCCAUCAUCAAGAGAGAGAAGCACCGUCAGACCUUCGGCCUGGAGCUGAUCGCAUCAGAGAACUUCACCUCCAGAGCUGUUCUAGAAGCCCUGGGCUCCUGUAUGAACAACAAGUACUCAGAGGGGUAUCCUGGACAGAGGUACUACGGUGGUACAGAACAUGUCGAUGAGUUGGAGCGCCUGUGUCAGAGGAGAGCUCUGGAGGCCUACGGACUGGACGCUGACAAGUGGGGAGUUAACGUACAGCCAUACUCAGGCUCCCCUGCUAACUUUGCUGUGUACACGGCGAUCGUGGAGCCUCAUGGGAGGAUCAUGGGUCUGGACCUCCCUGAUGGAGGUCACCUGACGCACGGCUUCAUGACCAACAAGAAGAAGAUCUCUGCCACGUCCGUCUUCUUUGAGUCCAUGCCCUACAAGGUGGACCCAGACACUGGUCUCAUCGACUACGACCGACUGGAGGAGAACGCCCGGCUGUUCCACCCUCGACUGAUCAUCGCAGGUACCAGCUGUUAUUCCCGUAACCUCGACUAUGCUCGGCUGCGUCGUAUCGCCGAUGAGAACGGAGCUUUCCUAUUGGCCGACAUGGCACACAUCAGCGGACUGGUGGCGGCCGGGGUUGUCCCGUCUCCGUUCGAGUACUGUGACGUGGUCUCCACGACGACCCACAAGACGCUGCGGGGCUGUCGCUCUGGGGUCAUUUUCUACAGAAAGGGAAUACGUAGUGUGGACCCUAAGGGAAAGGAAACUCUGUAUAAUCUGGAGUCUCUCAUCAACCAGGCAGUGUUCCCAGGACUACAGGGAGGACCCCACAACCAUGCCAUCGCAGGUGUGGCGGUGGCCCUGAAGCAGGCUCUGACCCCAGAGUUUAAGGCGUACCAGUACCAGGUGCUCUCUAACUGCAGAGCUAUGGCCAACGCCCUCAUCAACCACGGGUACAAGAUCGUCACUGGGGGUUCUGAUAACCAUCUGAUCUUACUGGACCUGAGGCCCAACGGGACGGACGGAGGACGAGCUGAGAAGGUUCUAGAAGCUGCUGCCAUCGCCUGCAACAAGAACACCUGUCCAGGUGAUCAGAGUGCGUUGCGUCCCAGCGGUCUGAGGUUUGGCUCUCCUGCUCUGACCUCCAGAGGAAUGGUUGAAGACGAUUUCAGGAAGGUCGCAGAGUUCAUCCACAGAGGUAUCCAGAUGACCCUGGACAUCCAGGCCUCUCUGCAGCCCAAGGCGACCCUGAAGGAGUUUAAGGAGGCCCUGGCAGGGGAGGGGAAGCCCCAGGAGAGGGUAGCAGAGCUGAGGGGGGAGGUGGAGGCUUUCGCUGGGGGGUUCCCCAUGCCUGGUCUGGAGGAACUUUAAAUACUCGUUUUCAAGAUGAAAUGUUUUCAUGUCAAUGCCUUACCGGUUUGACUGACUGUUUCCUUCUCUGGUGUCCUCUGGCUUACCGGUUUGACUGACUGUUUCCUUCUCUGGUGUCCUCUGGCUUACCGGUUUGACUGACUGGUUUGUCCCCUGCCUUAACGGUUUGACUGACUGUGUUUCUGAGUUUCCUUCUCUGCUGUCCUCUGACUUAACGGUUUGACUGACUGGUUUGUCCUCUGCCUUAACGGUUUGACUGACUGUGUUUCCUUCUCUGCUGUCCUCUGCCUUAACAGCUUGACUGACUGGUUUGUCCCCUGCCUUAACGGUUAGACUGACUGAUUUGUCCCCUGCCUUAACGGUUAGACUGACUGAUUUGUCCCCUGCCUUAACGGUUAGACUGACUGAUUUGUCCCCUGCCUUAACGGUUAGACUGACUGGUUUGUCCCCUGCCUUAACGGUUUGACUGACUGAUUUGUUAUUAUUAUAUUAUUUAUAUUGAUUUGUCCCCUGCCUUAACGGUUAGACUGACUGAUUUGUCCCCUGCCUUAACGGUUUGACUGACUGUUUCCUUCUCUGCUGUCCUCUGCCUUAACGGUUAGACUGACUGAUUUGUCCCCUGCCUUAACGGUUUGACUGACUGUUUCCUUCUCUGCUGUCCUCUGCCUUAACGGUUAGACUGACUGGUUUGUCCCCUGCCUUAACAGCUUGACUGACUGGUUUGUCCCCUGCCUUAAUGGUUAGACUGACUGAUUUGUCCCCUGCCUUAACGGUUUGACUGACUGAUUUGUCCCCUGCCUUAACGGUUAGACUGACUGGUUUGUCCCCUGCCUUAACGGUUAGACUGACUGGUUUGUCCCCUGCCUUAACGGUUAGACUGACUGGUUUGUCCCCUGCCUUAACAGUUUAAUGUAAUGAAAUCCAAGACAAAUAAAACUCAGAUGUUGAACACA